CGCAAGCAGCGGAGUGCUUCUCCUCUGCCUAUGGUGGGAAGACACACUGCGCUGUUGUAAGCUUUCAUUCCCCCAACAAUGGCUUCCUCGCUCUCUAUCUCUUCUCUCUCUCUCCUCGCAAAGUCCACCCACCCUCUGAAGCCUACCUCCUUCACUCCAAGAACCCCAUCUCACUCUGCCUCCAUCAAAUCCUCCGUGGACAGAGACUCCACCAGCAAGACCAAACUCACCAACAAUGGCAGAACCGGCUCCUGGGUCAGCCCGGACUGGCUCACCUCCGUUGCCCGGUCCCUGAACUCUGGCCGUGACGAUUCCGGCAUACCCAUUGCCAGCGCUAAACUGGAAGACGUGUCUGACCUUUUGGGCGGGGCACUCUUCCUCCCUCUCUUCAAAUGGAUGAGGGAGUACGGACCCAUCUACCGCCUCGCCGCUGGGCCUCGGAAUUUCGUGGUGGUCAGCGAUCCUGCCAUUGCUAAGCAUGUUUUGAGGAAUUACGGGAAGUAUGCUAAGGGUCUGGUGUCUGAGGUUUCUGAGUUCUUGUUUGGUUCAGGUUUCGCCAUUGCCGAAGGCCCGCUUUGGACGGUGAGACGCAGAGCUGUGGUUCCAUCUCUUCACAAGAAGUACUUGUCUUUGAUAGUUGACAGGGUAUUUUGCAAAUGUGCUCAGAGAUUGGUGGAAAAGCUUAUACCUGAUGCACUCAAUGGCACUGCUGUAAACAUGGAGGAAAAAUUUUCUCAAUUAACUCUGGAUGUUAUUGGUCUAUCGGUUUUCAAUUAUAAUUUUGAUUCUCUAACUGCCGAUAGUCCUGUUAUUGAUGCAGUUUACACUGCAUUGAAAGAAGCAGAGGCUCGUUCAACUGAUCUUUUACCAUAUUGGAAGGUUAAAGCCUUGUGUAAGAUAAUCCCAAGACAAGUAAAAGCUGAAAAAGCAGUUUCAGUUAUCAGAAGAACUGUUGAAGAGCUUAUUUCUAAGUGCAAAGAGAUUGUAGAGUGUGAGGGUGAGAGGAUUGAUGAGGAGGAAUAUAUAAAUGACACAGAUCCAAGCAUACUACGUUUUCUUCUUGCUAGCAGAGAAAAGGUUUCAAGUGUUCAGCUGAGAGAUGACCUUCUGUCAAUGUUAGUGGCUGGCCAUGAGACCACAGGAUCAGUCUUGACAUGGACAUUAUAUCUUCUCAGUAAGGACAGCUCUUCAUUAAAGAAAGCUCAAGAGGAAGUUGACAGUGUGUUGCAGGGACGGCCUCCUAACUAUGAAGAUGUAAAGAAUCUCAAAUUCCUAAUGCGUUGCAUAAAUGAAUCACUGCGUUUGUACCCACAUCCUCCUGUCUUGAUUAGAAGAGCUCAAGUUGCUGAUGUGCUUCCUGGAAAUUACAAAGUUAAUGCUGGACAAGAUAUAAUGAUUUCAGUGUACAAUAUCCAUCAUUCCUCCCAGGUUUGGGAAAGGGCAGAAGAGUUUGUGCCAGAAAGAUUUGAAUUGGAAGGUCCGGUGCCUAAUGAAACAAAUACUGAUUUCAGAUUCAUUCCAUUUAGUGGAGGACCCCGGAAAUGUGUUGGUGAUCAGUUUGCUCUUCUGGAGGCCAUCGCUGCACUUGCAAUAUUUCUGCAGCACUUGGAUUUUGAGCUGGUCCCUGAUCAGAGCAUUAGCAUGACCACUGGAGCGACAAUCCAUACAACAAAUGGAUUGUACAUGAAAUUGGCACAACGAAAUACUAACUCUGCAGCUUUUUCCUUACCCCUCUAGGAGAGUCAAAUUUGGAUGUGGCUAUCUCCACCACCCGCAACCAUUUAUGUUGAAAUUGUUGAGCUGCGGCAACUACCUCCACCAAUCAGCCUACAUCGUUGAAUUAAUAUCCACCUACCAUCCCAUCCUUUGCUAUAUAUAUAUAUAUAUAUAUAGUUAUAUGUGUAUGUAAUACGUGGUGUAGAGAGGGACAUUAACCACUGAGAGAAUAUAUUUUGUAUUUUGAGAAUUCUUCUGUAGUUUUUUCAAAUUGAAAUCAAUUAAGUAUUUUGUGGGCAA